GCCGUGUGAGUGCGGCUCCUCCGCGGCUCCGCCCCAGGCCCCAGCAGCAUCUUCUCGUCUCUCUGUCUCUGGCCUUCCAAAUUCAAUGCCGUGCGGGUGCGGCUCCCCAUCUCCAGCAGCUCGCCGCCAUUUGUCCCUCUCCCCGCACAGGAACCGACGCGAGACCAGUGACGCACGCACCCCAAUCCCAACUUCAACCAAGGCGAGUCGUAGUACAAACAAGUAGUAGUCAUGACUACGACCAAGAACCAUAAGCAGCAGCAGCAGCAGCAGCAUGUGUUGCCCAUGGCGGCGGCUGGCAUGGCCGCCCCGCCCUGCACCGUCAAGACCAAGCUCCUGCUCUGCGCCGCCUUCGGCUUCGCGCUCGGCGUCGUCGCCACCGCGUGCCUCAUGACCUCUUCCUCCUACGCGCCGUCGUCCGUCGCCGCCGCGCUCCGACUCCGGGGAGGAGGAGCCCUCGGCCUCUUCUUACCGCCAUCCUCCGCCACCAGGGACGCCGAUCAGGACCGGCGACCACCGCCAGCGCGUCCGCAGCCCAAACAAGGCGCGGUCUCCGUGCCGGCAGCGAUCCCCCGGUCUCGGUCGAGCCCGCCGGGCGCGGGCGCGGGCACGGGCAUUACUAGCGCUGCUGCCCCGCCGCCACCUGGUGUUGGCGUUGGCGAGGGACCAGCGGCGCCUUGGCCUGCUAGUGCCGCCUCUCGCGGCAAUGCUAGCACCAUCAGUGACGACGGCGACGGCGACGGCGACGAGGAGUUGAUGGCCCGGGCGGCGUCGGCGCCGAGGGAGGUGCCGGCCGGUACGACCCCGAGGGUGGCGUUCCUGUUCCUCACGCGCUGGGACCUGCCCAUGGAGCCGCUGUGGGACAUGUUCUUUCGCGGCCACCGCAGCCUCUACAACGUCUACGUGCACUCCGACCCGGCCUUCAACGGCUCCGAGCCGCCGGAGACCUCCGCCUUCUACCGCCGGAGAAUCCCCAGCAAGGACGUGAAAUGGGGCGAGAUCAGCAUGAUGGAGGCGGAGCGUCGGCUCCUGGCGCACGCGCUGCUGGACGACCACGCCAACGCGCGCUUCGUCCUGCUGUCGGAGACGCACGUCCCACUGUUCGACUUCCCCACGGUCUACUCCUACCUCGUCAACUCCACCAAGCUGUACCUCGAGUCCUACGACCAGCCGGGCCCCACGGGCCGCGGCCGCUACAGCCGCCGCAUGAGCCCCGUCGUGGCCGCCGGACAGUGGCGCAAGGGCUCCCAGUGGUUCGACCUAGACCGGGGUCUCGCCGUCGACGUCGUCGCCGACCGCGUCUACUUCCCGCUCUUCCACCGGUUCUGCCGGCGCAGCUGCUACGCCGACGAGCACUACCUGCCCACGCUCCUCAACAUCCGGCGGCCGGCGGCGGGGGCCAACCGGAGCCUGACGUGGGUCGACUGGUCCCACGGUGGUCCGCACCCCGCACGGUUCACGAGGAUGGAGGUCACCGUCGACUUCCUCCGGUGGCUCAGGGGCGGCAGCACGUGCACGUACAACGGCAGGACCACCACCGUCUGCUUCCUUUUCGCCAGGAAGUUCCUGCCUAACUCACUCACCAGGUUCUUGAGAUUCGCGCCCAAGGUGAUGGGUUUCGGCUAAAACACUUGUCCAUAUAUACACGGCGGAGGGGGCGGCCGACAUCAACAAUUGAAUUGAGGCCUACAGUUUUUUUUAAGGACGGGAUGGGAUCGGACGUGAUUAUUUUGAGGAAACUCAACUCCAUUCAUUCAAUCUUGUACAGUAUAAUUUAAUCUUACUCUUUAGUUCAGUAGCCGCGUGUUCAAAUUAUUUUUGAAUUCUUCUUUUGUAAAGACCGAAAAUGGAGAAACCAACAAAAGCUCAUCGUUGCUGUCAA